AAGAUGUUGAAGUAAAGGAUUUGUUCACGGACGAUGAAUGGAAUGAAAUGAUCGAGGAUUUCGUGAAUAACGUUAAUUUAAGCGAUUUGGACGUCAAACAGGAGGAGCCUAUCUAUGAAAUAAUGGACAAGAUAACAGAGAAAUUGAAGAAGGAACCAUUCGAUUUAAUAUCUGAAAUUGAAAGUUGUGUAAUUGAAGUACGUAUUUCACUUGUAUUGAUUUCUUAUAAAGUACAGGUUCUAAUGACCAUCAUUUCGCCUACAAUCUACAACGUUUACGUUUGCCGAUCUGUAUUUGGUAGCAGUUUCACAAGUAUGAUGACCAAAGGGGUACUUACCUUCGACAAUAUUUAUCACUACGAAGAAGGAGAGAUUCAAUCUCUCGCCUCAUCAGUAAUUUCCAACAUGAAAACUAAACCUACCGAUAGGAGCUUGAUCGGACAGAAG